CAAGCGUGCCAAUUUUGUUGAAUUGUAUACAAAAGGCCAAGAUUCGGGGUUUGUGAGGCGCAAAUGCGGGGAAGCUGGAGUUGGGGGCGUCCGUCAAUCAGAUGCGGAGUGGGUCCCUGACGCACUCCUUAGCCCUAUGCCAACGCACUUGAAGCCAGUAUGGAUUCAAAGAAGAGUAAGUAUACCCACUUCGAAAUGCUGAUCCGUCGGUAAGAGAAAACUUAUCAUGGAUACUUUUCUUACCCCUCAGUGCAACUUUGCACAUCCGCAUCGCGAUUGAUCUCAACCAUCCCACAAUGCCUCUCGCCAAACCAUCCAAUACCGACGCCCCCGUGCAUUCCCUCUUCUCCCUCAAGGGCAAAACCGCCGCCGUAACAGGCGGCGUCCGGGGCAUCGGUCUUGCAGCCUCCCAAGCCCUCGCCGAAGCAGGCGCCAACGUCGCCAUCCUUUACUCGAGCACUAAAGACGCCGACGCCAUCGCCGCGCGCAUCGCCUCCAGCACUGGCGCAACAGUAAAAGCCUACAAGGCCUCCGUCGAAAACAAAGAUGAGAUAACCAGCGUCAUCAACACAAUCGCAAAAGAUUUUGGCGGCUUAGAUAUUGUCGUUGCGAAUGCAGGCAUCGCAAACCAUCGUCCAGCUGAAGACUACACCGAGGAACAAUGGCGCCACAUCAUGUCCAUUAAUCUCGACGGUGCCUUCUACACCGCACAAGCCGCUGGCGUCAUCUUCAAAGCUCAGGGCCACGGCAACGUCAUCUUCACCGCCAGCGUCUCCGCCAUCUUGGUCAAUGUGCCUCAGAAACAGGCCGCGUACAAUGCGUCCAAAGCGGCUGUCGUGCAGCUUGCGCGGUGUCUGAGUGUCGAGUGGGUGGAUUUCGCGCGUGUCAAUUGUAUUUCUCCGGGGUUCAUAGAUACGGAUAUGCUGGAUGUGCAUCCGAGGGAGUGGAGGGAGAAGUGGUUGAGUAUGGUUCCUGCGGGGAGGCUGUGUGAUCCGGGGGAGUUGAAGGGAGCGUAUGUGUUUUUGGCCAGUAAUGCGAGUAGUUAUAUGACGGGUGCGAAUCUGGUUAUUGAUGGUGGCUACACAUUACCGUAGACUCAGAUGCCAAUUGAAAGGCAUUGGCCCUUCAAAUCAAACGAAUACUACAGCCUUCUAGUUCCGGAGUCAUGACAUGCAUUGCAGACUGCAUACAUCUUCCUGUACUACCUCCACCCAGGACGAGACUAUCAAAGACACCCCCAUUGCGUAAACUAGUCAAGACUUCUGGACGAAUCCCGGACAAGAACCUCACAUCCCCCUCCCCUCCCAUGACCCAGCCUCCCAAAAUCUCUAUUAUCCGCACUCGACCCCAUCCCAUCCACCAAACCACACUAUCCCCAAAAUCACCCUUUCCUCCGUCUCCCAGGCCCAAAAUCUCACUCCACAUCUCUUCCUCGCCAUCCCGUUGCCCAAUCCCCAUGCCUCUCCUCUACGCCGCGUCAUGAUCUAUGC